UAUUCAUAAUUCUUUAUUCUUGUGAACAGCAUUGUGAAUCUCAUUAUUAUUGUUUUGAUGACAUUCAAAAUUGUGAAUUCAAUGUAAUUCCAUGUGAAAAUAUUCAAACACAGCCUUCAUUGACAUAAUACAGAAAAAUGAAAAAAUGUACCUUCAUCAUCGAGAUCACAUUGAUGAUCGACGACUACAACAACAACAACCACCACGAUAUAAAUCCCAUGGAAAUGAUCGAUGUCAAACAACAACAAAAACAACACCUACAUCGACAACAUCAGCAGCAAACAAAUCAAAUCAUUCGAAUUUUGAUGAUGAUUCAGAUCUGGAUGUCUAUCAACAGAAUCAAAUCAUUCGUCAUGCAUCAUUGUCAAAUGAUGAUGUUAAUAAUAAUGAUGAUAAUGGAAAGAAGAAGCUAAAUUUACUUGAAAAAUUAUGCCAUCAUUUUAAUGCCGUACGUGAUGGUUGUCGUAUUCAUUUAUCCAUAGGAAUCGAUAUCAUUCGAUUGGCCAUACGGCAACCAGUAACAGUGUUUAUCUUAUUACUUAUCAUUGAUUUCAUAUUCAAUACAUUGAUGUUAUAUUAUGAUUAUGUUUACAUUAUGGUCGAUGUUGAUUUUGGUGUACAAAAUAUGGAUACAAUGUAUGUUUGGCACGAACAUCACCAUAAUCAUCAUGAUAAUAAUAAUAAUAAUAAUAAUAAUAAUGAACAACCACCGCCAUCGAUCAAUAAUAAUAAUAAUGAUGAUGUGAAAAUAGAAUCGAAUUCUACAUCGAUACGUAAUCGUCGAUCAAUUACUACACCAACCGGAAGUGGUGAUAAUAGUAGAAAUAAUGCGAACAAAAAUAAAGGAUUUGAUUCGAUUAGUUUUGUUGAAGAUAGUGAUAAUAGAAUUUAUUCAUAUCAAUAUGGUGUCAACUUGGCAAUGUAUAUUAUAAUCUAUGCAUCACAAGUGAAUGGUUUUUUCGCCUACAUAUGGUUACAUCAUUCAUGGCUUACAUUACACCUGACCAUUGUAGCCAUUCAAAUUGUAUUUCUAUUAUUUCUGUCCAUCGUUAAUGUUCGAUUGAUAAUUGUAUUAGUGUUUCGAAUGAUGUUGUUUUUUAUGUCAUUAUUUCGAUCAUUAGAGAUUUCCAACUAUCAAAUGAUAUGUUUACAACGUCAAGGACUUGAAAUUCAAAGUGAAUUACCGCGUGUCAAAAUAUUUACACCAAACGGACAUCGUGAUUGUAAUAAAAAACAACAAUCUGAUUUGGUGGGUACAAACAGACAAUAUGUUGAUAAAAACAAAUAUGAUCACCAUCAUCAGCAACAAUCUUCCAAUUGUAUUCAUAUUGGCAAUAAUUCGGAAAAUAAAUUAGGACAGCAUAAAGCAGCUGUUACUGUAUCGGAUCAGGAUGGUCAACAAGUUGGUUAUGUAACAUUAUCAGUUGAAAUGGAACGUUCAUCUGAAUCGAUUCGAUCAUCAUCAACAACAUCAGCAUCGAAUCAAAUUGGUCAUGUACGACCAAUAGAUUUCAAUUCAAAAUCAACAGUAGAUGUAAUGCAACCAAAACUUUUUCCAAUCAAACGAAGUUACCAACAUCAGAAGCCAUCGAUAUUUUUAUAAAUUUUAAAGAAAUUCCAUCAUCAAUAUGUUUGUGUUUUUAUCAAAUUCAC